GAUAGAUGCACCCAGUGAAAUGUCGGUGGCAUUAGGGCUGGUCUCGAGGGAGCCGUGGAGACAUGCACGGCGGGCGUGGGGAUAGAAUCAACAGCAAAGCAACAGCAUCCUCCUUGUCCUUAGCAUUAGCCGAAACCGCACUCUUGCGACUCGGUCAGCUCUGCUCGAUUAUCAACUCUCUCGAUCGUUGAGCCUCUCCCAUCCAUCCCCAAUAUGGCUCUCCUCGCCAUCCUCAUCCUCCUCCCAACCCUAGUAAGUCCCCAUCCCUCCUCAAGUCCAAGUCUACCUCCACUCACUCCUCACCAUUCCCAGUACCUGACCACCCACAUCAGCAACAACCUAUGGCUGCAUCCCCUCUCCCAAUACCCCGGACCGCUGCUCUGGCGGGCCUUCCGAUUCCCCUCGCUCCUCUCCAUGAUGCGCGGGGAUCUCCCCCACCGCAUCAAGCAACUGCAUGAACAAUACGGCGACAUCGUGCGCGUCGCGCCCGACGAACUGUCCAUCAUCAGCCCAGACGCCUGGCGCGACAUCUACACCAGAGGCCGCGACUUUGUCCGCCCAUCGCAAUACAAGGACCAACCCCCCGGCAAGACGGCGUCCAACCUGAUCGCCUGCUCCGAAUCCGAACACGCGCGUCUCCGCAAGAUCCUCGCCCCAGGCUUCUCGGAGAAAUCCGCCGCGGACCAGGAACCCUUCAUCCAGUCGUACGUCGACAAGUUGUUCUCCAAGCUCGACGAACAGAUCGACUCAUCCCCAACCCCCUCCCCCUCUGCCCCCUCCACAACAAUCGACCUCGUCGAAUGGAUCAACUACCUCGCCUUCGACCUCAUCGCCGACCUGACCUGGGGCUCCUCCUUCGGCUGCCUCGACGGCCUAACCUACCACCCGUGGAUCCAAACCGUCGGCCAAUUCAAGGCCGCCAUCAUCGUCGGCGCCCUGAAGUUCUACCCGGCCCUCCACGCCCUCCUCAUGGCCAUCACUCCCUCUUCUGCCCUCCAACCCGUCAUGGACAUGUGGCGCCUCACCGAGCAGAACGUCCGUCGUCGCGCCUCCCAGUCUCACCCCUCUCCCUCUCCCUCCCUCUCCCGCCCCGAUCUCGUCGGAACCAUGCUCGCCUCCGCCCAAAUGACCCCCGAGGAAAUGGAAGUCAACGCCAUGUUGAUCGUCGCGGCCGGCAGCGAGUCCAUCACCACCGUUCUCGUCGGCGUGAUCAACCAUCUCCUCCGCUGCCCGGAUACCCUUUCCACCCUGGUAACCACUCUCCGCUCCACCUUCCCAAGAGAGGAGGAUAUCGUCGGCUCCAACCUCAAAUCAAUCCCCUACCUCGACGCCGUCCUCAACGAGGGAAUGCGUCUCUGUCCCACCAUCCCCGACGGCAUGCGCAGACAGGUCCCCCCCGGCGGUGCCACUGUCGCAGGCCAUCCUCUUCCGGCCGGGGUAAUCGUCUCCAUCCCCCCGUUCGCGACGUAUCGCGCCCCGCGCAACUUCGUCCAUCCGGCGGACUUCGCCCCGGAAAGGUGGCUGGGUGGUGAGCGGUUUGGAAACGAGAGGAAAGACGGCUUUCAUCCCUUCUCGCUCGGCGCGCAUAAUUGUCCCGGUCAGAAUCUGGCCUGGUUGGAGUUGAGGGUUAUUCUGGCUAGGUUGUGCUGGAGGUAUGAUUUGGGGGUGCUGGAUGGGGCGGAGUUGCCUGUCUGGGAGGAGUAGGGCAUUUGGUGGUUCUGGGAUAAGUUGCCGUUGGUGGUGAGCGUGCGGAGGGUUGAUGGGUUGGUGGGAUCGCGGCCUGGUCUGUAGUUAUGGCUUCAACUUCAACUUCGGGCUAAGUGGCUGUUGAGCUGAAGUGAUUGGUCUGUGCAUUCGGGCUGAAGUGGUUGUGUCGGGAAACGGAGAUAAAUUCCCUAGACCAAGGUGUCUCGUCUACAGUCUUCU